AAAGCAAUGUUGAGAAUCGACACAAGUUUUUUGGCGUCGCAACUUGUUUUUUAAUCUUUCUAGUUGACAAAUAAUAAACGAUAAGGCUCGAUAUUUUGAUCCUUAGGAAGCAUAGUGCGGCGGGGGCCGAGUGCCUACGACCGCAGAGCCGCCAUUGCGAGCAAGUGCAGCGCCCUGGAGCGCAACUCUCUGACGCAAUUAUGCAAGUUGCAGCCGCAGAACUAACUGUACCCGCCUCGCCACCCGUGGCAGCACCCCAAGUGGUAGUGGAAGUGGAAGUGGCAGUGCCCCAGAGGAAGAUCCAAUCCCGUUCGGCCCAUGAUCCUUGACCGCAUCGAGGAGGAGCAACCACAACCAACAUGAACCAGAGACAUUCCGAACCAUUUUACAUAUCCCCCCGGCUGUUUGAUAACAAGCGGUUGAAGCGGCGCCGCUGCCGGUGGAUGGAACGCCUGAGGGAGCGCCAACGGCAAGUGAUGGCCCAGAUGCGCUCCCAGGCGCUCACCUCCAAGACUGAACGCGCCCGAGGGCGAGGUCGGGGGGUGAGGCGACGGCCAGGUCGCCACAUAGCCGCCACCCUGCCCGCAGACGUCACCAUUGACUUGCUAUCGGAUGAGGAUGACGAACCAGGACCGGCUCGAGUCCACCCCAUCCCUGUGGCAGUCCCAGCCCCAGUUCAUCUACCCGUUGCUGUUUCUGUUCCUGCCACCAACCAUCGUCCGCUUGUACUGCAGCCCAAUAUGUUGUUAAUACCCGCCAGUAACCUCAGGCCACACUAUGCGACCGAGAGCAUCCUCAUAACUAGCGAUGACGAGGACACCACCAUCGGCAACAGUCAGCCGGCAAUGCGAAGGAGUUCACCACCGCCCCUGGCGCCCCUUAGCCUCUCGGACACCGUGGAGGAGGUGACAGUAUCGCUGGUGCCGCGCACCUCCACCACUGCCAACUGUCAGGCGCGACAGCGGCACUCCCACCCGCCCACCAGUCUCCUUAAGACCUGUCGAAGAGCUCCCGCCACAGCAACCAACGGAAUGACAGCCUGUGCCUCGAACAGUGGCAGUGAUGGCUACCUGGAAGUGGACAUCAAUAGCAGUGGUCUGCCGGACGAAACCACCGUGCACACGGUCAUUGCCAAUCGCAUCUACGAGCUGUCGCUGAGCAAACUUCGCGAGGGUCUGGCCUCCAGUGGUGUGCCGGAGUACUCGCACGAUCUGAUGCCGGAGCAUCUGCAGAAACUGUCACCGGCGUUGCGCGCCAAGGUGGCUCCACUAGUGACACCCUCGCCACCGGCUCCCAUCUCCCUAAAGCUGUCCAGUGACCUCAGCAUAUCCCUGAUCUCAGACGACGAUGAUUGCGAGAGUGGCGGGCACGGGCUAGGGCAUGGGCAUGGCCAUAACCAUGGCCCCGUGCAUGGGACCAGCAAUAGCUGCCUGAAAGGAGGAGCACUUGGUCUGGGUCUGACACAUCCGGUGGCGGCGGCAGAAGCCCAUGCUGCUGCCAAGCUUCUGAAGCAGCAGCAACCACAGCUAUCGGUGGUCCAGCACUUGCAGUAUACUGGCGGUGGACUGACGGCGCCGGUGGCAUUAGCUUUGCCGGUAAUGGCCCACACAUCCGGAGCGUCCCGAGCAGCUGGACUGCCCUUGCAGUUGCCACGACGUCGGAAACUGGGUUGAAAAGAUGCUGAUGCUGGAUGGAUCCUGGAGCCUGG